CAAAACGCGCAUGUGCUUGAUGUUUGCGUUUUCGGCGCGUUUGACAUGGCAUGUGGCAAGUUGAUUUUGCUGUGUGGAGCAUCAGGUUCUGGCAAGUCAUCAUUGGCAGCCACGCUUGGAGAGGCCAUCGGUGCCACCCUUUUGCAUCAAGACAACUAUUUCCUUAAAGCAUUUGUCAGAUACCAAGACCGAGUUGACGACAGUUUUGAAGGUCCAGACCAUGUGAACUGGCCACGGUUGCGCUGUGACACGCUGGAAGCAUUGAAAGCCUCGGACUGGGUCAUCGUGGAAGGGCACUUGGUAGCUGGUGACCAGGAGCUUUCAUCGCACGCGAGCAUGGUGGUAUCUCUCCACUGCCCACCUGACCUGUGCAAGGCGCGGCGCUUACAACGGCGCAAGAGACCGGAGAAGGAGGAAGAGGAACUGGCAGACUACAUUGACCUGUUUGUGUCGCCGGCUUUCCUCAGGUCGGGGCGACCGGAUCGGUCAAUCAGGGCCGACCGGACGUGGCAGGUAUGGGCGCCCUGCAUUGGAUGCCGUGGAGAAGUCUUGCGGCAGAGCAGCAACUCAGUGAACAUGUUCCUGUUCCAAUUUGGAAUGACCGUCAUUGGGCGCAUGAGGGAGGAGGCAUUUGCCCGCUUUCGUUGCAGGUGGCCGCCCCACUCCAUUUGGGUCACCUGCGGUUCACCUGCCGAACGCUGCUGCAGGUAAGGACUCGGCCACGCCGCUUCUAAUCUUUGACUCUGCCAAGACGACGGUGGCGGAGCAAGCGGAGUCCAUCAAGGUUGCAGUGGAGAAAAUGAAACCAACAGAGGAGGGCCGAGCUGACCUUCGGUGACCGGAGCGGUGAUCCCCCACGGUCCGGAGCACUCCACGGACCCACGGAUCGACCGCGGCACGCGGCCGACCGACGACGCGAGCGGAAAAAGGGGCGCCCAAAAGAGCCGAGUCUGCGGCCGUGAGCGUUGGUUGGAGCCGGCUUCACUGGGAAGACUUUUGGAUUGUGGGUUCUUUUGUUCUUCUUGUGUUGUGGCUCUGGCUCGAAGUGCCUUUCAAUGACCUUCAGGAUGG